AGAUCAUGAAAUAAGCGUUAUCAUAGUUCCAUCGUCACCAAAAUAUAUAAGAAACAUCGAAGUUAGCCGUUGUCAGAAGCCAAUGGCUAAGAAGCAUAGAUCAGACGAAAUGGGCACGUUGUAUUAUGGCAUUAAGUCGUUGCUCAAAUUUGAAGUUCUUGACAAGUACGGAAACUUAAUCGAACAACUGAGAGACGAGAGGUGUUAUGAUGUUAUGAUAGAGGACACUGACAAUGACGUUUUGUAUCGUUUGGAAUGGAAAAUGAGAAACGGGACAAUUCUUGCGACUUUUUCUCCAAAGCAGGUUGGAGAAGGGCUUCUGACUGUAAGGCUUGUCGAUAAGAGAUUAACAUCAAAGAAGGAAUCGACCUGCUCCUACCAAAUCCCUAUUAAUAUUCUUUUCCCACCUUGUUCACCCUCCCUAACCGUAAAGUCCCUUCAUGACAAUGUUGAAACCCGUUCUUUGGCUGGCAAAGAUGUUGUUUUCGAAGUACAGUUCUACGACAUAUUUGGAAAUCCUGUCCACAAAGAUUCCAAAGAAACAUGUGAAUUAGUUGUGCAGCCUCUUCCUCUCAAAACAGUAGGGGAACAAAAUAAGGAAGAAGAAGAAGAAGUGUAUAAAACAAAGAUUAGCACAGCUGAAAAUUUAUGUUUUGCAGUCACUGUAUGUUUUAGAAUAGCUGGUCUAAGAGAAGUGAAACUGACCGUGCACUCUGGGUCUAAAUCAAGUUCUAAAGACAUCCAUUUCAGGGUUCUUCCCUCCACCCCACAUUAUUUAAAUGACGUAAAUUUUACAACAUAUGGCGCAAUUGACGAGAACUUUUCUGCCAAUCCGAAAAUAAUGUACCGGAACCAGUGGUCAAUUUUAGAGGGAACGUUGGUUGAUUGCUAUGACAAUGUUCUGCUGGAACCGAGUUCCGACUACAACAUUAAUUUAAAGUUGUCGAACGAUAUAGGAAAGGAGAAGCAAAUAGAAUAUAAAGACGCAGAAAUUCGGAAUGAACGACUUCGCGUGCAAGCAAUGAUUAGCGGAUCUGGAAAACACAAGUUAUUAAUAACCCUGACACAUAGGGAUUGUCCAAAUCAGGUUUUCUAUUUAAAAGAGAUUCAAAUACAUGUCAGCGACGCACCAUUGUACCUGGCCGGAUCGAAAUUCCGUUAUUCCAAAACUGCCGUGGCUGGCAAAGUGAUUCAGCUAGAAAUUGUUCCAUUUGACGUGUUUGGUUGUUCCUUGCCAGCUAGCUCGACUACUGAUUGUAACCUUACCGCAGAACUUUUGAGUCAUAUUUCAGAACUGGAUAAAUACAAGGAAACCGUAGAUUUUCAAAUAAUGAAGAACGAAUCAAAUCUUAUAAUCUCCGUGUCAAUCGUCCUAACCAAAGCUGGCAGAAGAAGAGUGACAAUAUUUGAUAAAAAUAAAAAGUCAAUCGAAGUACCAAUUCACGUUAAUCCUGAUCAAAAUGAUGCUCUUUGGGAGCUCACUAUUCCAAAAGAAAAUGCGUACAGAGGAGAGAACUUGAUUUUAACAGCAUGUUUGUUUGAUCGUUUUAAGAAUGAAGUCCGAACAGAUGUAUUAGAAGAUAUCCCAGAUCUUAUAAAGAGAGAUGGUCCUGAUGGACUUCAUUGUAUGGAAACGUCCAUGGAAGACAACAAAAUCGUAAUUCAGUGUCAUUUUAACCGAGCAGGGAAAUACGAUCUUUGCUUGGCAAAUGAGAGCGGCAUUACCCUUGAGGACACUUCGUUCUCAAUCACUGUUCAAGAAGCUCCUUUAGACUACAGCUCUUCGUCAAUUAUAUGGUUACCGCAGUAUGAUGACAUUGGAGAUCAACCUGUGUUUCCAGAAGACGAAUCAUUUCGAUGUUGCUUGAAACUGAAAGAUGUUUUUGGUUAUAGUUAUGCCGCAAAUCUAGCACAGGAUUGUAUUAAAGUGGAAAAUGAUAACACAGAGGUGAAAAACAUAAAAGUCUCUGCUUGUGCAAAUGAAAGUGGAUCUUAUAAUAUUGUUGUUCCAAUGAAAAAUCUGGUUAAUGAUUGUAAGAGCCCGAAAUUUUGGUGCUUUGUAAAUGGCAUUAAAAUCGAAAAUCCCUUAGUUUUGCCUACAUUCACGGGGUUUGAGAAGUAUGAUGAUGAUCAAAAGUGUCAGUUGCACGAAUUUCUAAACAUUGUUUGCUAUGAUGUUAAGAAAAGGGAAAUUCUUGGAAACGAUAAUAUAAAUAACAUUAAGAGAGUUUGUGACAUGUCUGGCGAUCUUAAAGUUGAUGAAUUGGAAGAUUCGAAUUCUGCACUUAUUAGACUUCCGUCAGAAGAAAUCGAGUACAAAUUACAGGGAGGUCGGACAAUUAGAUGUUCACCUGAAGAAGUGGAAAACAAAAUGCAGAAAUGUCGGAACGUUUUGCUGCAUCUUCUUCGGGCUAACUGUUACCGCGAAAAGGCGUUUCAAUUAGAUGAAGCUCGAGAAGAUUGGAAAAUGAGGGCAAGUGAAAAUUACAGGAAAAUCAAGGAAGGAGAAUGGAUUGGCAAAGAUCGUCCUCAUUUUUGCAGCGAAAUCAAGGAAAAGUAUGCCGCACUUAUGAAAAGAUAUCAUAAUGCUGCUUGUGAAGAAAUUUUUCAGUUUUUCAAUGCGGAACGUCAUCAAAGUGUGAUUGAUCUUCAUGGAUUGUUGGUAUUGGAUGAAAAGAAGCUCCGUGUUUAUGAACGGCAGCUCCGUUCUCGAGGGCGCUUGACGACUGACGAAGUAAAUAUAAAAAUCGAAGAAGAGCGUGAACAUGGUAAUGAGGCUAUAAGGUAUUGUAUGUUUAAUCUUAAUAUAUUUAAUAUAUGGCAGAUAGGCUUCGAAAAAGUCAAGAUAGAAACUGAUUUAAGUAAGUCCGCAGUAGAUUUAUUGUCAAUAAUUAUCGUUAAUUUUAUUUUGUAGAAAACACCAAGUUUACUUUUUAGCCCUCUGCCCUCUUCUGUAUCUCUGUAUUUUUAUAUUCCGUUUAAUAUGUAAAUAUAGGAAAUUGCAAGAAAGACUGGAUCAAUAUGAUAUGAAAAAAGCAAGAGAGGAUAAAGAACCGUGGCUUGAGAUUAUCGUUGGUUCAGGACAUCAUUCCAAAGUACGACAACAGAUCCGACCAAAGGUUGAAGAAUAUUUAGAAAAAGAACGGAAGUUAGAAUUUUCUCCAGUUAACAAGGGGGCUUUGGUGGUCACAUUUGAACACUAUACUGGAAAGCAACCGUGUUUCGGAGAGUAUUAUUGCCCUAAAUGUUACAGACCUUGGCGAAAUGGUCGAAGUUGGGUUGCCAAGUGGCAAGCUUGUUAUAAAUGCCACAGAGAAAAAGAUUUACUUCAGAAAUGUUUCCCACUGAAACAGCGACCUCUGAAGAAAACACAGUCCUACAAUCCCACAAGAGGCCAGGGAUCAAUUCCACACCUUCAAGAACUUUGCGGAAAGUGCACUGAACUUGGAAGACCAUGUCCACGGGUAUGAAUUGAUCAUUUAUGUGCGGGGAAAAGAAAUUUGUCCCAGGAGUGAUAUUCCCCAUGAAUAAAUGGAUUUCGGUGCGAUUUAUAAUAUAGAUUAGGAUUGUGAUUGAUUUUAGAUCAGUAUUUGGGGAAGCAUUAACAGAUGCAGGAUAAUUAUUAAACCAUUUCAAAAACGCUAAUCAUGGAAAUACAGCAAGCAAUAGUCUUUAAUCGAAAGGCAUACGAUCGUGCAAGUACUAAAACACGUUUUGGAAAGAUAAUCACCCAGGUUUUUAUCUAUUUACCAUUAACCUUUCAUAACCAUCUCAGAUAAUAAAUCGCUUCCUCAGUAAUUGCGGUUUAAGGCCCUAUCACUUAUAAACUAGAGUAUUUUCCUAGAGGUCCGGUAACAUCCUCAUUCAUCACUUAAUAGUCCCUGUUACGCAGUUUUCUCGUGACAGUAACUAACACAGGAGGCAGUCUUCUGACAUAUAACAUGUGCGACUGAGACUAAAUUAGUUAUUUCCGUUAUUUCGUGCUCGAAUAUAUAGCCUGCGAACAGGCUCUCAAGGUGAAUAGAAAGCCUGCACUGAUGAUAUACAAUUUUGAAUAUCUGCCCUGUAACGUUCGUUUUUCCAAAUAUGGAAUGUCUAUCCUUAUAUUGUGCUGCUUACAGCUUUCGUGCAAACUAAAUUUAGAUCGUGUAAACUAAAUUUAGACCGUACAGUUUAAACUGUUUUUCGAAAUAUAAGAUAUUCAACCAAAAGUUUAAAUUUUGCAUGCUUACGCAAUAAUUUGCUAACGUGACACGAACGGUUUAAUUUAAAUCAACGCAAUAUAUCUAAUACUAUAACUUGAAAAUGAUGCGCGCUGUAGCAUCGAAACGUCGUUUAAUAAAUGUAAUAUCGCUAUCAUUUGUUUCAAAAUUAUUUUCAAAAAAGUUUUUGAUUAAAAGUUUAAAUGUUUUAAAUACUUCUUUCUCAAAACAGAACAUUUCGUGCUUUGAGAUACGGUGGCCAAGACCAAUUUGGUCAGUUAAUGUGUUUUUUAUGCAUAGUGCUUCAUCAGUUGACAUAUAUAGAGCUCAGCGGAAACAUAUAAAUUAUAGCAUCUGACCAAUGAGAAUUUCGCGGUCCGAUUCGAGACGAGAUAUUCAAAAUUGUAUGCCAUCAGUGCAGGCUCUCAAUUCCCCUUGAGAGGCUCGCAGGCUAUCGAAUAUAGAGAAUCCUAAACUCAAACCUAACCUCACUCAUGACGUCUAACCUGUAUUAGUGCGCGAAAAUCAGGUAAAUGUUAAUCGGACUAUUGUAUAUAUAAACUUUACAUGAAGUCGUGGAGGUCAAAAGACAUCAGCAUUUUAAUUGGAACAAUUUAUUUAGAAUUACAGUUUAAGUUGUGGGUUUGGAAUUUGGGUUUACAUUAGGGUAAUAUAUUAAAUAUGCAUGAAAAUAUGUAUGUUGUGUCAUUUAUAACGAAACGGUUAUAACGGUUUUAUAACGAAAUCCAGGUGGAAUGUAACUAGAAAUUUUUGCUCGUUGAUUAAGAUCAAAAGGGAGUAAUUUUCAUUCUUGUAAUGCUUUCAGCAAGGUUUCACGAUGUCACACGACUUGGCGAACUAUCAACAUUGUCUCUGAAACGAAUGGAAUUGCUUAUAUUGCAGAGAUUAAUCCAAGUUAACGUAGUAGGCCGACAAACAAGUAUAGACCUAUAAAUAGUGCCUUAAAACUUGGUACACGCACACCCGAUAUAAUCUGGAGAACCUAUGAAAUUAACUGAUUGCCAUAGUAACGAUUACCUGACGAGUUGUCAUCUAAUUUAAAGAGAG